UGUCCCCUAACCUACCCUGCCGCUCGUUGGCCCCAAUCCAAACGUGAGAUCCUUCUAAAACCCUUUUCCCUCUUCUUCCUCCCUCCAACUCCGGAGCCCCCAAUGGAGAAGCUGCGGAAAAUAGUGACCCAAACCGCCGCCACCUCCGACUCAAAUCUCCACAGCCUCCCGUUCCUCCACCGCUCCCUCGCCCCUCUCCUCUCCGCCGCCUCCUCCCUCUACAAGCUCUCCCUCUUCCUCCGCCGCAAGCUCUACCUCCACGGCGUUCUUCAUCAACACAGGUUGCCGGUGCCUGUUAUUAGCGUAGGGAAUCUAACGUGGGGAGGGAAUGGAAAGACUCCCAUGACGGAGUUUCUAGCGAUGGUCAUGGAUGGAGCUGGGAUCCCACCGCUCAUUCUCACUAGGGGUUAUGCUGGUGGCGAUGAAGCUAAAAUGCUUCAUAGGCACCUUUUGCAUACUUCUACAAGGAUUGGGAUGGGUGCAAACAGGAUAACUACUGCUGCUUCUACACUUGAAAGAUAUGGGAGGAUGGAUACCUCUCUCAUUUUUGAGAAACUAUCGAGUUCUCAUAGAUAUGAAUCAAAUCAUGAAAAUAAAAAAGUUGGUGUGGUAAUUCUGGAUGAUGGAAUGCAGCAUUUGAGUUUGUUUCGUGAUGUGGAAAUUGUCAUGCUAAAUAGCUUAAUGCCAUGGGGGAACAACCACUUGCUUCCACGCGGAUCUUUGCGGGAACCGGUGAGUGCACUUGGCCGCGCAGACAUUGUCGUCAUCCAUCAUGCAGAUUUGGCCUCUAAAGCACAACUCGGAAUCAUUGAAUCUACUCUGGAAAAAGAAUGUGCAUCAGCUUCUAUUUAUUUCACUAGAUUGGUCCCAUCACAUCUUUUUGAAGUCAAGGAUCCACACUCCAAGUUGCCACUGAGCAUCAUAAAUAAUAUUGUUGUACUAUGUGUAUCUGGAAUUGGCUUCCCAGAUGCCUUUGUUCAGUCGAUUAGUAAGAUUGGACCAUUGCAUGUUGACCGGUUAGACUUCAGUGAUCAUCAUGUGAUUCGAGCUGAUGAUAUCGGUAUCAUCAGAGAGAGACUAGAAGGGCUUCAAGAUGGAUUUGAGGCCAAAGCAAUUGUAGUAGUGACAGAGAAGGAUUAUGAUCGAGACCCAAUUACUCUUGUGGAACAGGAUGAUUUGACCAUUUUAGUCCUUUGUUCUUCUAUUCAAAUUAUCCCUUUUAAGGAUCACACAGAAGAAGAUUUCAGAAUGCAGCUAAGUAGGCUUCUUAUCGACAAACAUGAAAGGCAUGGUUAUGUGAAAUGACUUAACUGUUCUUGACAAAAGGGUUCGGACUCUAAUAUGUACACAUAUGUUGAAGUGUGCAUUGAGUUUGUUGGAAGAAUGCGAUGCUUGAUAGUUGUUGGCGGCUGGUGCCACUGAAGACAUUUGAUCUGGAUUCAUGAUCUAAAUGAUUGGCAACUACGAACCAGAUCAGCACAAUCAUCACAACUCUUUAACAAGCUUUUUGUAGGAUAUUCUCCUUUAGCAGGUAUUCUGCUUUUUGACUUCUCAGGCAAAUUUCAGAGAAGCUUUUCCAAGUGCUCAGACUACGAUAUUUAACCUUCAAUCAAAAUACAUGUUUUCUGAUGAUAGCUUUCACACAGAAAAGUUGUAUUUAGUGUUGGAAAACUCGUCAAUUCUUGUCUUCAGGAGAAAGCAACUGCUCGAAAGAGAUUUGUAGUAUGUCAGUUCUUUUCUUCCUUUCUUUUCAUGAUAAUGGAGCCCAUCUAUUUCUCAC